AUGAAAACUCAUCUGCUGUUACAGGUCUUGAGUGUCGUGCAUAGCAGUGAGUUCGACACCACUCCAGAAUUCGCUACUCCUAUACAGUUAUGUGAUGUUGGAAGCAAGAUGUGCGAGGCCACCAAGGUGUUAUUGCCUGGUGCCGCUGUCUUCCCUGAUGGUUCCUGUCUUGUACCAGCUGGAGGUCUAUCGAUAUGCCUAUCAGCUCAGCGACACUCUGUUCCUGUAUAUAUCCUUGCAGCUUUCUACAAAAUCACCCCAUUCUUUGUUCCCGACCCUAUGAUG